ACGCACGACGCUGCGAGAAAAACAUCUGCAACCGGCUGCCGCCCGAAGGAAACCAACGAUCACAAUUUCACAUUUUUUAUUGCUUUUGUGAAAAUCCGCGAAAAUAAUCAUCUAAAAAUUCGAAUUUAAGUGCACGAAUGAAAAAUGUCCGACGACGACGUUAUUCUGAUCGAGGAUUCACCACAACGGAAGUCCAUUAGCUGCGAACACAUUCCGGAACUUUUUCUGGACAAACUGGUCGCCAAAAAACACUUCAGUCAGUUCGGGCGCAUUAAUCGGUUCAUCUUGCGACCGAAGCGGCUCUCUUGCACGGUGGAGUACGAGAACCCGGAAGCGGCGGAGGCAGCCCUAGCAAGGGGAGGACUGUUCCGUGAUGUCAAAUUCAACGUGUACUGGACGGACGAGGCUCCGGCAUCGGUGGUGGGAAGCGUGUUGCCGUCGGUACGCGACGAGGGAUUCGUGGAUCCCGAGGUGCAGCAGGAGCUGGACAUGAUGAGCGGAGGACCGAGCAGUUUGCGGAUCAGGCCCAUCAUGAAGCAAUCAAUUGAAUCAUUUAUUAAGAAAACGGAACGUUUUCCGGCCCCUCAACCGGUGUUGGGUCAGCCAAAGCCAAUGAGGAUGCCGAUGAUGAUGGCAACGGUACCAAGAGAAGCUCUCCAGGGUUCAGGCGAUCCGAAAGCGAUUCAAGCGAAACUCGAGUUCGAAUCAUUGGCAAGAAAGCCGGCUUUGACGGCGGAGGAACGAUUCCGGGUGCUGGAUUCGCGCGAUAAAUAUGUGCGGUUCACGACCGAUCGGACCACGGAUAUUCGGAAGGCCAAAAGCAACCAGGGAACGUGUGAGGAUAUGUGUCCCGAGAAGGAACGUUAUAUGCGAGAGUGCAAGUUUCAAGUGGCAUCGUACGAAGCCGGGGAAAGCUCGCAACAGAUGGACCACGAGAAGGCGAUCAAACAGUACUCGAGAAGUUCGGCGGAUCAGGAGGCUCCGUUGGCGAUCGAGUUGCGUUCGGAGAAGGGCUUGGAACUGUCGAUGAGUUAUUUGCUGUUGAGGAUUGCGGAUUUGUGCGAAGACGAGGACGAAAAUUUGAGCGAUUGGUUCCAUUUCGUUUGGGAUAGGACACGCGGCAUUCGGAAGGAUAUUACGCAACAGGAGUUGUGUUCGGUUCGAGCGGUGCGAUUGGUGGAACAAUGUGCGAGAUUUCAUAUCCAUUGUGCUGCUAGGCUGGUGGCCGAGGAUGCGUCUGUUUUCGACCACAAAAUCAACACGGAGAACAUGACUAAAUGUCUGCAGUCGUUAAAGUACAUGUACCAUGACUUGGGGCUGAAAGGGAUCCGAUGCCCGAAUGAAGCGGAGUUUCGGGCUUAUGUGGUGCUGCUGAAUUUGAACGAUGGGAACUUCAUGUGGGAAGUAAAGCAGUUGGACGAUGCAAUUUUGCAUUCAAAAGAGAUUCGAUUUGCGAUGCAAGUCUAUUUUGCGGUGGAGAGUAAUAACUGGGCCAGGUUCUUCCGCUUGGUUCGACAAACCACAUACAUGAAUGCUUGCAUACUGCUACGGUACUUUAAUCAAAUCCGGACACGUGCCUUGGAAACCAUGUUGAGGGCCUACACAUAUCGGAUACCUGCCAGCUUCUCAUUGGAGCAUCUGACCGAUUUGUUAGCCUUCGAAGACAUUGAAUCUGCUGCCUCGUUUCUGGAUGCGUACGGUCUUCCAGUCGACGAGUCUCUGGGGACCGUUCUUAUGGAUCCCAAACAAUACGAGAGACCAGAAAUCCCAUAUCAACUGGAAAGGGCUUACAAUCUAGUUGAAACCAAGAAAACUUGUAGCGUCGGAGAAGCCAUUUGCGGCGAACCUUUGGAAGACGAGUCAAUCCUAGAUGAUCACCAACUCGAAAACAGUUUCACUAACUCAGGAUACUUCCGAGAAGAUUUGCUGCGCGCCAUUCUAAAACCGAUCAAGCUUCCUGAACCAUUGAGCCCUGUAAUGACCGACGAUGACAAAGUGUUCAAAGUCCCAUCGCCAACCUCUAUCUCACCGAAACCCCUCUUCCCAAAACCAACAUCCUCAGGAAACCUCUUCCAACCAGUCCGGAAUUCAUUCAAAAUCGAGACCAACUCUCCGGCACCGUCGGCUCCUUCGGUCUUUUCGCAGUUCAGCCCGACAACCCUCUCUGGAAUCACCCCGCUUCCGAAGCGGGUCGAACCAACACCGCUCCCAAAGCAGGCAACCGCCUUCGGAUCGAAUCUCUUUGGAAAAGUGGACUUCACAACUCCACAAACCAGCAACAUCUUCGGCAGCUUCACCGCUGCAGAACCAACUGUCAGCUCAUCGAUAUUCGGUGGUCAGAAAACUUUCCCUUCGUCCGAUUCCACCGUACUUGCUGCCGCCCAACGUCUUCAGGAGGAAGUGGAACUAAAACGCAAGCAAGAACUAGAAGAGGAGGCCAAGCGGAAGCAACGACAGCAGGAGGAGGAAUUUCGCCGGAAGAGAGAAGCAGAAGAAGAACGCAUUCGACUGGAGCUGAUUGCACGAAAGGAAGCGGAAAUUCGUCGCUUGAAAGAGCUCGAAGAGGAAAGCAAACGCAAGCUGGAAGAGACCGUCAUAAAAAUGUCGGAGAAGAUUUACGCCGAACUGUUGGAUGAUGUAUGUGGGGAAGAUGUGACCCACAUUGCAACCUCCUGCUACAAUCAACAUCAACUGCUGGAUAAAUAUCCGAAAAAGCUGCUGAACGAGCUGGAAGACGAAGUGUUGUUGGAAUUCCUAAAAGCAACGAUCAGAGAAGAAACACUUGUGAAGAACUGCCAGGAAAAUCGUCAAUUGAAUGUGGUUCGAAAGUUUUUCCGUUUGUGGCGCCGUAACGUUCGGAUGGUGAUGGACAACCGAAUGCAGAUCGAGAACAGUCCCGCUUGGCUACCAGAGCGGCAAUUGCAGGAACAGGCGAAGGAGUGCUAUCAGCAGCAUCAGGCGCUUAGUUUGGCAGACAUGAGGCGCUAUGUCGGAGGCAUGCCAAAGGUAUUUAAACUGCCUGAUAGAAGGGAUGAUCCGGUCGACGUUUUCGACAUUGUUCGGAAGAAAAUUUGUUCCGGGAGGAGAAAAGAUCUACGAGGAUUCAUUCAAAACCACGUGUACUGGAAGAUAUCCGUUUCCAUUCCGUUUAAGCAGGAGGAAGAUUCCUCAGGAUUUUAUUUCUUCAUCAGCAAGUGGUUGAAGAACCAGUUCAAAAGAUCAUCCGACAACGAAGGAAAAUGCUUUUUCCUGGAAGCUCAGGAAAAUGUGGCAAUUCGCGAGCGGUUGGCAGUUUGUAUUAGGCUUUUUAAAGGCCUGUCCAUCCUGGACGAGUUGAAUGCAAAUGAUGAAGAAGCUUUCGACAAUUCGGACGGCCUUGUGUUUUUCCUAACAUCCAAUAACUUGCUGGAAUCUAAGGAACGAUUGCACAAUCUUCUGCGAAACGCAGAUUCUUGGGGGCCUCUUCCGGUUACCUUAAUUGCCUACAAUUACCUUCCCAAUGAGGACGAAUGCCUGGAGGAACUUCUUGACUUGGACCUCCUCCUAGAGGAUGGAAAGAUCAGCGACUUCGAAAUAGUCUAUCACCACGAAACCAACAGAAAGCCGCUGCGUCAAGCUCUUCUAGCCUCAUUGAACUUCCUCGCAUCUUGUUACAAUCCCGACUCACCACUGGAAAUGCAAUCCCAAACGUCAUUCAUCGGAACUUGCUUGGGUGAAGAGUUGUGGCAUCGCUUCCGUCUGUCUUCCCAACAGAAUCCUAAACUGUACGAAACCUGCCAAGAUCUCGCAUUUGUCCUCGAUCUGUUCAAUCAAGCAAUCGAUCGCGUUUGUAAUCUCGUUCAGCACAAUCUCGCCGCAUACCCGGACUUCCCUGUCGAAUUCAAGCCAUUCGUUUCAAAACGCCGCUUUGACAUCCCGCUGGACCUGGAAUACUUCCCGAAAGAUUGGCGAAACCCGGAACGUCAACAAAAACUGAUUCACUUCUUCACAGAGAUGAAGCUGAAACCCCCAACCUUCGACCCCCACUCCGCAACAACCGUCCACGAGCUUCAAUCCCACCUUCUCCCGUUCAUCCGCUCGUCACUCCCUAAAAAGGACGAAAAAGCAGCUCGCCGCCUGCAGGCACUAAUCACUCAAGAAAUCCUCCGUUCGUUACCGCUCGGAGUUCCAUUCACGCAAGCCAUCCCAAACCUUAACUGGCUCCAACCCAUUUCCAUCCUUUCCAACGAACUUCUCCGACUGCGCUGGAGCGAAGCGCUAGCUCAUCUUCCCUGUGAAAUCAUCUACCACAAGCAAGAAUACGAAAGUUACACCCGUUCCCUGUGGUGGCUACCACAGCUGAAAACACUCAAACGACAAACCAAUUCAGACGAACCGUCGGCAGCGUCUGCUGCUGGCGAGCCACAGGAAGACAAUCACGACGAAACCGAACCGGACGUCGACUCGCUGGAUGGUGCGGCGGGAGGACCGCUGCCGGCGGCCAAGAAGAUGCGCCUCAACAUCAGUCUGGCCAAGACCGAUCUGGACGCGAUUUUGGCCCGAGGUCAGCGCUGCCUGGCCAUGGCGGACGAGAAGCUUACCCAGUGCCGGGAGUUUACCCAACAGACGAGAGAUUUAUCGAACAAGCUGGACGGGCGAUUGUAUGAACAGGAGAAGACCUUCCGCGAGAACCGGUGGACGUGGGAGACGAAUUUUCGGUAGUGUUGUGGAGGUAAUUUGAUGGAUAGACGAAAGAUGACUUUCCGAUGUUAUAUGUGCGUUCAAUGAAGACUUUUUUCAAACGA